CAGGAGCGUCAGGAGCGUCAGGAGUUGUCAGCGGAACAGCGGCAGCCAGCAUCACCGGAGACGAAUGGAGUAACUAAUCACAAAGAUAUUAUUCCAGACAGCGUCUCUGUUGUUAUUUAGAAACAUUGUUUACACCGUUUAAACAACGACACGAUGGCAGACGACCAGUCCUCUCAAUCCUGGUCAAUCGACAGGGAUGACUACGAACUCAAUGAGGUGAUAGGGAGCGGAGCCACUGCAGUUGUCCAGGCAGCAUACUGCAAGCCGAGGAAGGAGAAGGUGGCUAUCAAACGCAUCAACCUGGAAAAGUGUCAAACUAGCAUGGAUGAGCUCCUGAAAGAGAUCCAGGCUAUGAGCCAGUGCCACCACCCGAACAUUGUGUCUUAUUAUACCUCCUUUGUGGUGAAGGAUGAACUGUGGCUGGUGAUGAAGCUGCUCAGUGGUGGCUCAGUGUUGGACAUCAUCAAACAUAUCAUCUCUCGUGGCGAGCACAAGACCGGAGUGUUGGAUGAGGCCAGCAUCGCCUCCAUCCUGAGAGAAGUCUUGGAGGGGCUCGAGUACCUUCACAAAAAUGGGCAGAUUCAUCGGGAUCUAAAAGCUGGAAAUAUUCUUCUUGGGGAAGAUGGAUCCGUGCAAAUUGCUGACUUUGGUGUGAGUGCCUUUCUAGCAGCAGGAGGAGACAUGACUAGGAACAAGGUUCGGAAGACAUUUGUGGGGACGCCGUGCUGGAUGGCCCCUGAGGUCAUGGAGCAGGUCCGGGGCUAUGACUUCAAAGCCGACAUCUGGAGUUUUGGGAUAACAGCCAUUGAACUGGCCACUGGGGCUGCACCAUAUCACAAAUACCCACCGAUGAAGGUGCUGAUGCUGACUUUGCAGAAUGACCCUCCUUGUCUGGAGACAGGCAUCACAGACAAGGAAAUGGUGAAGAAGUAUGGCAAGUCCUUCAGGAAGAUGCUCUCCCUGUGUUUACAGAAAGAUCCAGAAAAAAGGCCAACUGCAGCUGAGUUGCUGAAGCAUAAAUUCUUCACAAAAGCCAAAAACAACGAGUAUUUGCAGGAGAAGCUCCUAUAUAAAGGUCCCACAAUCACUGAGCGGUCAAAAAAGGUGCGUCGUGUGCCUGGCUCGAGCGGCCGUCUCCACAAGACGGAGGAUGGUGGUUGGGAGUGGAGUGACGACGAGCUGGAUGAGGAGAGUGAGGAAGGAAAAGCUGCUGUGGCAGCUCUGCGGUCACCCAGAGUGAAGGACGGGUCCCAGAAUUUGGAGCUCUUUCCACCAGCCGAUGGCUCCACAGGACAUCUGCAGCCACCUGGCGCAGCACACGAGAGCCCUGCGAAUGUGAGCCAGGCAGGAGAGGACGCUCCACUGCAGGCUCCCACUCAAACAGCGAGCCCUUUACAUGCACCUACUGCUCAGGACCCAGCUGCAGCCAAUGCCAGUGUUCCCAUCAGCCUCGUCCUGAGACUGAGGAAUCCCAAGAAGGAACUCAAUGACAUCCGAUUUGAGUUCAUGUCUGGCAGAGAUUCUGCUGAUGGAGUUUCUCAAGAGUUGGUCUCAGCAGGUCUAGUUGAUGGGAGGGACUUAGUAAUUGUUGCUGCCAAUUUGCAAAAAAUUGUUGAUGAUCCUCACAGUAACAAAAAUGUGACUUUUAAAUUGGCGUCCGGCGUGGAGGAGUCUGAAAUCCCUGAUGAUGUUAAACUCAUUGGAUUUGCGCAGCUCAGCAUCAGUUAAGUCAAGUAAAGCCAGCAACAAAGGACAGAAACUAAUGGUAUUGCACAGCUGCAUUGUAGUCAAUUCCAAGAAACCACUACUGCCAAAGAGAGGAGGAAGAGGAAGAUUAUGAGGAAGAGGAAACGCGAGGCUGGCAGGAGUGUGACACUACUGCAGGAUGCAUGAGGACCACAUUGAGAAGAGGCUCAGUUCAUCACAGGAAUCACACUUGAAACGUUUACAGUGCGCUUAUACAGUAAAUGGGAGAAGAGAUGCAAUCAACUAUAUCAACUCCUUAUUUCUUUUUCUUUUUUUCUUCCUCUUCAUACAUAAGCACAAUCCAAACCAUCUCCUGCCAGUACUGGAAGUGAUUGCCUUUUUUAUUUUAUUUCUUUUUUUAAAAAUCAACUGUGCCACUAAACUCAUGAGUGUCAUGCCACCAUUAUAUGGCACUUUAUGCUACACUGAAAUUGAAAAGUGUAAAUUCAGCCUUAGUCAAACUAUAGAUUUUACCAGUGCUUUGGUGAAAAAUUGAGUCUAUUUGUGAUUAUUAGGUGUAUUCUGUGUACACCUAUACAAGAAAUUUAAGCAAAUCUCCCAUAACAGAUAACUUAUAAACACACUGUAGCAUAGUUUUAGUUUUGUAAUUCUGUAAAUUCAGAUGGAUUUUUACUUAAAAUGUAAGAAAACUAGCAGAUUCCUGUAUAAGGCAGCCCAAGGCGUGUGGUGGUUUUGUCAAAACAGAACCAAAGAGUUUGAUCUCUGACUGCACUGCUGAAACCAUUCAAAUCCACACAAAUCAACUGCAACUCAUCUGUCCCAUAACUGCAGUUACAACACUUUGUCAGAUGGUGAUUUCUCGAGGUAUUCAAAGACGGGAUUAUUUUCAGAUUCUUGUUCUAUGCAAUAGGUAUAUUCUUUUCACCUUAUGUGACCACUGGUUGCUGAUAAUAUUUCUCUUUGGUUGAAUAAAAGCACUUUUUGUGUUUGUACCUCACGGGGAGUUCAUGAAGUCAGCCAGCCAGACAGGCAGCUUAAAGAACCCGCAGUGAGAACUUACAUUUUCACAAGCAGUCAACAAAGUGAAUGCCAACAGACAGACACGGGUCAUUGCUGUCUUCUAUGUACCCUUGUCAGAGCUAACUUAGCCUGUUUACCGUUACUGAUCGAACAGCUGGGAUGAAUCCUGAAUGCUGGCUAUGGUUGUCGAACCUGGGGCUGCUUGUGUUACAGGCUGAGUGCUGAUGGACUUCUGUGGAGAGGUGUGCACGCUCAAAAACUGAAAAUGUUCUACCUAAUUGAAAUAAAGUUUCAAAGGGGCAGUUCAUCCAAAUUAAAAAAUAACAAAUAAAUAGAUUGUGUGGUAUUUAGCCAGGCAGAUAGUUUUGAUUGAAUUAGUUGGUUUUGAGGUGGUUUCUGCCUCCAGUAAUGCAAUGGAGGUAAAUGGUCCACGCCUUUAACCCAGACUGAAAUAAAUACACUAUUGUAUGGGUUGCUUUAAAAUCUUUAAUAUUUCGGGUGAAGUAACCCUUUAAACUUCUCCAGAGGCCAGUUAGUUUUAGUUUUCUUUGUCACUAGGCAAAUUGUUUUGACAGUACUGUAGUCUGUUUGCUUUCUAAACACUCACCAACGAAUCACUGUCAUCACUCCCAGUGUAGCUGUAUGGUUGUUUUGUACCCCGUGCAAAGGGCUGUGAAAUAGCUCCUAGUUCAGGUACUGAUGUAAAUGGUGUAUGUUAAGAUGUUGUAAAUGUACGUAUGAUGGCAACUCCAUGCACUGUCACACAAACAUCAUCAGGUUUGUAUGUAAUGAUGUCGAUGCAUUGACUUUAAGUGUACAUGUCAGAUAAAAGGAACAUUUUACUUGUAAAUAUUAAGGCAAACAGAUUGAGGCUCAUCAUAUUCGUUAGUGUUUUAUUUGUUUUGUAGUGUUUCCCACUGUUGGCCUUUGUCACAGCGUCACUAAUCAUGCACAAACUAUUUGUUCAAUUGGCACCUUAUUGAUCUGUUAACAUGCAUAUUUCUGGAAUUACAUGGGACUUAUAAUCACACACAGUGCUUGGAUGUCAUGACAUGCAUUUUUUUUCUCACUGACACCUGUCCAAGGUUAAUGGAUCAAAUGUCAUUUUAUUAAGACAGAUGGCACCUCUCUCCCUGUGUGCGUGUGUAUGUGUGAGAUUUUGGUGAUAAAAUGAUUGAUCAUCAAAGGCUCUGAGCUCAAUGUCAUUUAGAUUUUCUAAAUUUUUCCCUUUUAUUGUUUACUCAUUAAAAAAAAACAUUCUGCCUCUUUAUGGGGUCACUGAAUGAUUAGCAUUAAUUUAAUAAUUUGAUUGGCAAGUACCUUUUUCUUUUUUUAUUACAGAUCAUUACAUAUAUUUUUAAAAUAUGAUUUAUUAUAAAAAUGUGUAUGUCAACAAAUACAUAAUUUGAAGUGGAAUAUUUGUGAUAACAUACAAAAGAGAUUCCUUGACAUAUAGGUUACUGGAAAAUGUCAACACAUGCAGAUGAUUUUUAGUAGCUGAAUAAAGUCACAUGAUGCAAUUAAA